AUGGAAAGAGUUGAUGGAAGCGUUUACGUACGAUUUUGCUUGGAGCAUGCCGGACAUACGCCAUCCGAUCAAAUGAGAAUGUCACCACGUGCGUCACGAAUGAGGCGAAAGAGGUCGAAUCUGAAGCGAUCCUCUCAAAGUUUGAGCGACAGCGGCGCGGACAUGACUGAAGACACCUUAAUUACGACGCCGCUGACGGUCAUCAAAGACGCGGAGAUGAUGUGCACGGACGUGAUUGAGGAUAACAACAACGUGAACCGAUUGAAAAAGGGCGAGGUGGCUCCAGAUAUUGAAUUUGAUACGUCGGCUUUAAACUCGCAAAUCACUCAACGACUUGAUUCAACGACAGAUCGACUAAAAGUUAUAACUCAG